AUGUACUUCUCAGCUUCUUCCUUGUUUUUUUUUCCUCUUCUUAUACAAACACUCAUCACAUCGGUGUCUGCAACUUUCAAGACAAAGAAGUUUGAUCUUACCAUAACAUGGGAGGACUACGCCCCAGAUGGCUUCUCUCGGAAGAUGCUUCUUGUCAACGGACAAUCUCCCGGUCCUGUACUUGAGAUUGACCAAGAUGACACUGUCGUUGUCAAGGUCCACAAUGAAUCUCCAGAGGAACUCACAGUUCAUUACCAUGGCUUGGAAAUGAAAGGUACUCCCUGGUCAGACGGUGUCCCAGGCGUAACUCAACGCCCCAUCCAGCCAGGAUGCAGCUUUACCUACAGGUUUCACGCAACUCAAUAUGGGAGUUUCUGGUACCACUCUCACCACCGCGGCCAAAUCGAAGAUGGUCUCUACGGAGCCAUUAUCAUCCAUCCUCGACACGACGAGCCGAAUCCAUUCCACCUCAUCUCUGAGGAUGAACAUACCGUAUACAAGAUUAAGGAAGCUGUUGAAAAAGUCAAGCCCAUUGUCAUUUCUGACUUUGUGCAUCUCACAUCAGAGGAGAAGUGGGACAUGACUGUCGCUGCUGGGAUAGAAGAUUCCUGCUAUGACUCCAUCCUUUUCAACGGCAAGGGAAGAGUCGAGUGUCUUGACAAGGAUGUUGUCAAUGCCAAUCUCAAUGAGAUUCAGAAGACGUACCUUGGGCUGGUACCAGGAGGUGCUGAGUUUACAGACAAGGCAUGUCUGCCCGCUUCUGCCUUGAACGCCCUUGCUGGUGGUCUAGGCAACGAAUCAGCCCUCCUCCCAGGUACAUUCUCCGGCUGCAAAGAAACAGACGGAGAAAUAGAGACGAUCAAGAUCUCGAACUACCUGGGCCAAUGGGAGUCAUGGCUUGCUUUUGACAUAGUCGGCGCAAUCAAUUUUGUCAGCGGAGUUUUCUCUAUCGAUGGCCAUGAUAUGUGGGUAUACGCCAUGGACGGUUCAUACAUUGAACCUCAAAAGGUGCAAGCCAUUCCCGUAACCAACGGAGAUCGAUACUCCAUCGUUAUCAAGAUCGCCAACUCGGGCGAUUACAAAAUGCGUUUCAGUGCCAACAGUGCGCCGCAGCUUAUCACAGGCCAUGCUAUCCUCUCUAUCGAAGGAUACAGCGCUGCAGAGGGAAACAUUGAACCUUGGAUCAAUAUCGUUGGUGUUCCGGCUUCCAAGGAAGUCGCUGUUUUCAACCAAAUCGUUGCAUUCCCUUACCCGCCAAGUCCGAUUUCACCUACUGCCGAUGUUACGUUCAACUUGAGCAUGGCCAUCAAGGGCGCUUCGUAUCUCUGGGCGUUGAACGAGACUGGUCUUUUGUCAGAGGAACUCGAUGAUCAGAGACCAACACUCUUCAACCCUCAGCCUUACGUCAACAACAAUGUCACCAUCUCGACCAAAUUAGGCCAAUGGGUCGAUCUCGUCUUCGUAGCAGCUCUAUUCCCCCAACCACCGCAUCCCAUCCACAAGCACGGAUCAAAGAUGUACAUGCUGGGCGCUGGUACAGGACACUUUAGAUGGGACUCUGUUGAAGAGGCUAUCAAGGAGAUUCCUGACCAGUUUAACCUUGUUAACCCUCCUCGUCGUGAUGCGUUCUCUUCUGCGCCUGCGGAGAUGGAGCCCAGUUGGGUGGUUGUUCGGUAUCACGCUGCUGAUGCUGGACCAUGGCUUCUGCAUUGCCAUAUCAACAAUCAUAUGGUUGGUGGGAUGAUGAUGGUCAUUCAGGAUGGUGUUGAUGCUUGGCCUGAAGUACCUGAGGAGUAUGCUGAAGGUGGUGAUGGAGAGUGA